UUGUACAAGUAUUAUAAAGUAUUAUAGAGAAGAAAAUUAUCUAACAUACUUAAUUGCAAUGUAAUGAAUUGUUAUACAGUUACUGGUAUUCCAUAUUAUUGUUUAAUACACUUUUAGGUGAUGGCAGAAAUGACAGUCCUGGGCAUUGUGCACAAUACUGCACGUACACAAUGAUGGAAAAUUGUACCAAGAAAAUUGUAUCCAUCAUAACCAUGGAUAAACGAGAAACGGGCAAGAAAAGCACAAACAUGGAAAAGGCCUGCUUUCUUAAAGCCAUGGAAGAGAUGCAAGGUACACAUGAUAUUACUGUGGAUGAAGUAGUCACAGAUGCUCAGUUGCAAAUUGGAGCUUUCAUGAAGAAUAGAUUUCCAGAUAUAAAACAUUCACGCGACAUUUGGCAUGUAGCCAAAAAUCUAGGGGAAAAAAUUGUGGCAGCAGGACAGACCAAAGAAUGCAGAAGCCUGAUUGAUUGGAGCAAAGACAUUGUUAAUCAUUUUUGGUACACGUGUUCUUCUGCAAGGAAUAGAGACAGAUUCAUGGAAAUUUGGUGUGGAAUUGUCCACCAUGUUGUCAAUGAACAUGAGUGGGGCAUGUCCUACAGCAGCAGCUACUUUGGUGCCAACCAAUGUAUGCAUGGUCCCCUGCAAGACGAACAUAAAGGGUGGAUUGUUAAGGGCAGUGCAAGUCACAAGGCAUUAAUUCAGAUCGUUUUCAAUAAACGAUUCUUGAACCAGAUUCAUUACUACCUGAAUUUUAGGAGUACAGGAGAAGUAGAAAACUUCAAUAACUUGAUCCUUAUGUACAGUGGGAAGAGGUUCGCGUACUCACCACCUGUUUACCGUGCCAGAAGCCAGCUAGCAGCUUUGGACUACAAUGCACACAUGGACAGAGAGACAAAAAGGAAACCUGAUGGAACCAUACAGCAGCACAGAACAUUCAAUAAGAAAAGUGGUAGAUGGAGUGUGACCCCUGUUAAGGUGGAAAAAAGUUAUGAGCAUGUUUCCAAGCUAAUGACAAACAUAGUGGUUGCCAGGAUUUCUGAUGAUGAGGGCAUGAGUCACCCAGUUGUAUUAGGUGCUGAUGAUUCAAGAAGAUUGAGCAAAACCAUUGCUCCCACUGAACCCAGGCCAACUAUACAACUUCAGCAAGAGAAGGUCUCCAGAUUUCAAAAAUAAAAACAGUCGUCAGAAUUAAUGUUUUGAAAUCUUUUUAUAGGUUGUGCUCUUCUUUCAAUUUAGGUCGAUCAUACUAGGUCAUCCGAGUCGCUUAGGUAUUAAACCUAUUGCUAUUAAUGGUCUGUCUUCAAUCAACGAAAGAAAAUACAGUUUUAAUAUUUUUUUUUACAACAACCCUUACAAUUCUUCAUAUUUGGUAUGAAGAAUCUUUGGGACAGGGAGGGGGGUGGGGAAUAUAAAAUGUAAAGCCUGGGUGAGGUCAAUAUAUAGUGCUUAAGUAUGUGUUGAAAUUUAGAAAAUUUUCCUAUCGCACAAUAUCAGAUAUACAUAUUGCAUGUUAAUAGUAUAAAUAUUUCCUCGUCUUGCAUUGUAAAAUUUGUCAUCUUUAAGUCACACAAGUCAAAAUGUUGGUUUAUUAUACGUGUUCAGAGUCUAGUGCAGGGUUAACAUAACUAUAUAAAACAUGCAUAUACAAUUAUUGAAUGUUUUCGAUACUUUUGCUGAGUGAUGAGGUCAGUAAGCUUCUUGUUUUAUGCUGAAAUGCAUAUAAUUACAUGUAUUCGAAUAUUUUAUAAGUGAUGUUUAUAAAUAAAUCACCCUUUGUAUGAUUUCACAUAGUGUGUUCAGGUAUAGGUGAGUGUGCAUGUAUACUACAUUUUAUGCCCGGUAGAUUUCAUACAUCACAUGUACAUUUGUUAUCAGUAUUGAAUUUGGGGUGGAACGCUUUGGGUCUUUAUGAAUUGGAACUUUUUGGAAAAAGCUGUAAAUUCACUUGCUACAAGUCACAGUUCUUCCUAGAUAUUUCACAUCAAGUGUGGAAGAGACACUGUAAGCGAGGGGGAUAUGCUUCGCCUUCCAGAGCUCUUAAUACUCGUCAUUGAUCCAGCUACGAUUUGAAAAUGGAGACGAAUAUCAAGGGCUUCUUUGUUGCACAUUUUUCAUUUGAUGUAAGAGGGAAAAGCAACUAUGGAAAUUUCUAUUGGUAUUAGUAGUGUAUGCUUCAUGGGGUACAUUUCUGUGCUCGAACAGGGGUUGAUGGAAACAUGGUCAUUUGAAGGCAGUUACUUCCAUAUUUGCUUAGCUGGACCAGUGUUUAAUCUUGAAUAAAUUAUGACUAUAUUAUGAACCAUAUUAAUGACUUUUCUGUGUUAAUCAAUAUGCAAUGUUGCAUCUCUGAUAUACCUGUACUUGGAUUGUGGCAUUUUUAAUCAAUAGUUGGCCCAUGUAUUUCCCAAUUUAUGAUGAAAUAAAAGUGAAACUGGAGAAAACUUUAAUUUUAAAUGAUAUAACUGAUACUGUCAUAUAAUAACUUAGUUGCUGCAAUUGCCAGUGACAUUAACACGUCUCUGGCAGUAAAAAAUAUAGUAAUAAAAAAAUUAAAAGUGGAUUAAUUGAAAGGAAAGGAAAUUUUAUUUUCAUUGCAAUGGGUCAUCCUUGAAUCCUGUGUAUUGUCCAAACUGAUCUGGGAACUUGUCCCUUAUCCUCCAUAUGCAGCAACUUGGUAAUACUCUCCGGUCCCCUGUCCCAAGUCUCCCAUGAUGCCAGAGCACGAAUUUACGGUAGGCAGUGUGGCGAUUGGCUUUAUUUCUGUCUCCAUCUUCUGGUUGAGCUAAAAUGUCUUGUCUGUAGAGCCUAGCCAAGGCAAGAACAGCCUC